CGUGAAUCAGCUAAUCAGAAUAGCAUCUCCGAUACUGCUUAUGUAUCAGAAACUGUGAUGGUUACUCCUCAAUCGGUCAUUGCAGAUAUUCUUCAGAAAGAAAUCCUCACAGUAAAUUUGAAAGUGAUGUAUGAUAUAAAACCCAUUAACAGACAAAAACAAGAGGAAGAAAUUGCCAAUACUCCUUCUAAUAUCUACCUGGAGAUAGAUAGAAAUAUAGAGAUGGAAAGAUCGGGAAAAGAAAAUUCUUCUGAUAGCUUACCAGAGGUGUUCUAA